AUGUGGAACCUUUCCGAACUUGGCUUCUGGGCCUGGUUCUGGUUGGUGGUUAUUCCGUUGUUUCUUCUAGUCAACGUUAAAGGUCUAUUAGGUGUAUACCACAUCCGCAUAUUUCAUGCCCUCUUCAACCAUUUAAUCUUCAAUCGAUCUCGCCGGGUUAAUGUGGCUCGACAUGGUGCAGAUGCGUUAUUUCAACCUAUUGUAACCACAUCACGCAGUCCACUGCUAGAAUGCGAUUUCAACGGCCACAAAUCCAACAGCACGUUUUAUUCCGACUUGGAUGCAAAUCGAAUGCAUCUCUUUGGUGCCCUAUUCAAAGAUGUUUUAUCUCCGGAAAAGCGCCAGGCUACUUCUUCCGAACCAUUGGCAAAGCUGAGGCUCGCGCUUGGCGGCGUGUCAUGCACAUUCAAGAGGGAAAUUAAGCCCUAUGAAAAAUAUCAGAUCUGGUCGCGGGUCCUCUCUUGGGAUGAGAAAUGGGUUUAUAUUGUGAGCUACUUUGUGCGGAAUGGCGCGGUCCUGCCUCAAGGAUAUACUCUCCAGCCUUCUCGUAUCAAUUCGGCCGGAAAGAGGGGAAAAAAUAGAAGUUCAGACGAUGUGGGCAAGGCAAUAUUCGCUUCGGCAAUAUCUAAGUACGUCUUCAAGCAGGGACGCCGGACUAUUCCACCAGAGCAAGUCUUUGAGAGCAUCAACUUGUUACCUCAACAGCCCGGAUCAGCGCACGAAGCAUCAACAGCGACAGCGUCAAACGGACAGUCGACCACACCGAGCCGAGUGAUAAAUGGUGGCACGGUGAGACAUGAAGGGAAUGGAAGUCAAAUAAAACCGUCAAGCACUUUAGUAGACGAAUGUCAGUGGGAUUGGAAACGCGUGCAAGAGGAGAAACAACGUGGUUUUGGAAUAGCCAGCCACUUUGCUAGUCUGGAUGAACUUCAUGUAUUGCCCAUUUUGCCCACCGCAAACGCUCUCGGGAAUUUCGAUGGAGUGGGAUUUUAUUGA